AUGGACGGUCGAAAAAGGCUAAGUGGUGCUAAGUAUAAAAAAAAUGCACUUAUAAAAAAACAGAAACAUGCUGUUCUUUUAAACAGUUGUAUGAAAAUUCAAGAGAUGUUUAAAUCUUCAACAUUAACAACUCAAGUGAUGAAAAAAAAUAUUGAGGACAACUCUUGUUCUAUGGAAACAACUGAUGUUUCACUCAAUACCGUUAACAGUUUACCAGACCAUGUACCAGUUAUUGAAUUGAUGAAAAAAAAUAUUCCGGACAACUCUUGUUCCAUGGAAACAACUGAUGUUUCACUCAAUACCGUUAACAGUUUACCAGACCAUGUACCAGUUAUUGAAUUGAUGAAAAAAAAUAUUCCGGACAACUCUUGUUCCAUGGAAACAACUGAUGUUUCACUCAAUACCGUUAACAGUUUACCAGACCAUGUACCAGUUAUUGAAUUUGACUUGGUCAACACCGGUCUCAAUUUGUCAACUCUUAACAAAACAAAUGACCAACAAACUGAUUCAAUUUCAGAGUGCGAUAAUAGGAGUAUUUAUUAUCCUGGAUCUGAUCCAGCCAUGUGGGAAAUAAAUGAUACUUUAAGAGAUUUUGUAUCUCGUUAUGGUUUUACUCAAGAUCUGAAAAAUCUAAAUAUUUCCAAUUCUAGAAGGCCAUACACAAAAUGUGUAAAUGGAGUCAAUAAAACUUUCUUCAGAUACUUUAACAAAAAUUGUCUUCAAACAACUCUACAAAAUGGUGAAAAGAUAGCACGUAGUUACUUAGUCUAUUCGGAAAGCAAAGGUGCUCUUUUUUGUUAUCCUUGUAUGCUAUUCGGUGGAGUAACUAAUUUUGCAACGACUGGAUUUUCGGUAUGGAAAAAAACUGAAGAACGAAUAAUGGAACAUAGUAAUUCAUUAAAGCAUAGAAACUGUAUGAUUAAAUUUAAAAACCAUAGCAAGGUAAACUGCAGAAUUGAUAAGCAAUUAGUUAAUCAGAUUGAUGAUGAACGUUUAUAUUGGAUAAACGUUUUAAAGAGAGUAGUAGCAGUUGUGAAGUCAUUAGCUUCAAGGGGAUUGCCAUUUCGGGGUCAUGAUUCAAAAAUAGGAAGUCCUCAUAACGGAAAUUUUUUAAUGGCUUUAGAGUUAAUUGCAGAGUUUGAUUCAUUUCUUGCUACUCAUCUUUCAAAAUAUGGUAAUCCUGGGAAAGGAAAAACUUCUUACAUAUCAUACCAAACUUAUGAACAGUUUAUUUGUAUUAUGGCUGAAGAAGUUUUGAAAACCAUUAUUCAAGAAAUAAAAACGGCCAGAUAUUUCUCUAUUAGUGUUGAUUCAACACCCGAUGUUGCACAUACAGAUCAAUUAUCUUUCAUUGUGCGGUAUGUAAAUGAAGAUAGUCAACCAAUAGAAAGAUUUUUGUGCUUUAUAGAAGAUGUCGGGCAUAAGUCUGAACAAAUUGCUUCUGCAGUCUUUUCAAUUUUUGACAAGUAUAAUUUAAAUCUUAAACAUUUAAGAGGACAAUCGUAUGAUAAUGCCAGUAAUAUGGCAGGUAUAUAUAGUGGAUUACAAGCAAGAAUUAAAAAGUCAAGUCCACACGCACAAUUUGUUCCUUGUUCCGCACAUUCACUUAAUUUAGUUGGCACAAAUGCUGCAAGUUGUUGCCAAAAUGCGGUUCAUUUUUUUGACUUACUUCAAAAAUUAUAUGUUUUCUUUUCAUCUUCAACUCAUCGCUGGAAAGUUUUAAAUUCCAAUGUAAAAAGUUUAUCAGAAACAAGAUGGUCAGCUCGAGAUGAUGCUUGUAAAGCAUUAAAUAAAAAUAGAGAAUCCAUCAUAAAUGCUCUAGAAAAAAUUGAACAAGAUGUUACAGAAAGGCCAGCUACCCGAUGCGAAGCCAAAGGUAUAAUUAAAAAAAUUAAUACCUUGGAAAUGGCAUUCUUGUCAUUAUUUUGGGGUGAUAUUCUUAAUCGAUUUAAUAAAUGCAGUAAAAAACUACAAUCAGUUGAAAUUAAUUUGGGUACAGUCAUAGACAUUUAUCAGUCAUUAAUAACUUAUGUAAAUGACCUUCGUACAGAUGAAGAAUAUAUACGUUAUUUAAAUCUAGCAAUUUCAAUUUCAUCUGGAAAUUUUAAGAACACAGUAAACAAGCGUAUAAAAAAAAGAAAAACAUUCAGUGAUGAAAAUAUAGAUGAUGAAGCCAGCAACAGUGACAUAAAUUAUAAGAUAAGUACAUAUUUUGUUAUCUUAGAUAGAAUCAAAAAUGAGCUAGAAAAAAGAAAAAUAGCCUAUGAUCAGUUAUUUGAAAAAUACUCGUUUUUCUUUCAAUUGGAAAAAUUGAACAGCGUAGAAAUCAGAGAACAGGCAAAAUGUCUUCAAGAUAUAUAUGUAGAUGAUUUAGGAAGUUCUUUUCCCAAUGAAUGUAUUCAUUUUAAGUCACAUAUAAAGAACCUCAAAGUUGAUGAAAGACCUAAAAAUAUUCAGCAAAUGCUUAUAUUUAUCAAAAAUAAUGAUUUUUCUGAAAUGUAUCCUUACAUUGUUAUUGCGUUAAGAAUGUUAUUAUGUACACCAUGUAGUAACUGUUCCACUGAACGGUCUUUUUCAGUUUUAAAAAGAGUAAAAUCAUACCUAAGAUCAAAUAUAAAAGAGGAAAGAUUAAAUGCGUUGGCAAUCCUAAAUAUUGAAAACGACAUUACAACAAAACUAAAUUAUAAUCAUGUUAUUAAUAAUUUUGCUACUAGACAAGCACGAAGAAGAUUUUAA